CCCAGUCCCUGCAGGGAAUCAUAAUCCAGUGAAGUGCGAGAUCGCAAAGAACAACUCUGCUAGCUCGUGGGAUCUCUGAAGCUUUCGCGAAGAUGUCGUGCUGCGGAGGCAACUGCGGGUGCGGAUCCGGCUGCAAGUGCGGCAGCGGCUGCGGAGGGUGCAAGAUGUACCCGGAGGUGGCUGAGGAGGUGACCACCACCACCCAGACUGUGAUCAUGGGUGUCGCACCUUCCAAGGGCCACGCCGAGGGCGGCGCCGUCGCCGGAGGAGCCGAGAACGGCGGGUGCAAGUGCAACCCCUGCACCUGCAACCCCUGCAACUGCAAGUGAGCCACCUCGGCCGCCGUUGGAGAUGGAGGAAGUACUCGUACUGUGUGUGGCGUGCAUGCUUAAUAACCGCGUUGUGCAUGCUAGUAAGUACAAGUAGUAGCGAUGAGAACAAUAAGAACCAAGAUGCGUGAUGGUGUGGCCGUCGUCCUUCCUCUCCAGGCUCGGCUCCAGCAGGCGCUGCUACAGAAUCCUUUCAACAGAUUUGUGCAAGAACUUUUCGACUGGAGCCGUCACUAAUAAUCUAAUAGUGCGUGGCGUGGCGUGCCUGUAGCAUGGCCUGCUAUGUGUGUAUGUGUCAUGUGUGGUUUGUGUGUGCCUGUGCCCUUCUGUUACUGUUACCUAGUAUCUAUGCAGCCAACCGUUGUGUGCA